GUAAGUGAUGAUGGCUUCGUCAUAUGGGAAGAUCAAUGAGGCCGAGCAGGCAAGGCUCGACGCUGGCCGGAAAUCAAGAAAGAGGUUCAUCACGAUCGCACUAUCCUCAGUCGUCCUCGUCUGCGUCAUAGUAGCUGCUGUGGUUGGGACCCAGGUCGGCAAUGGCUCCAACAAGGACGGUGCAGGUGAGGACCCCAAGUCACCGUCGACCUCGGUGAAGGCCGUGUGCGACCUGACAUUGUACAAGGAGUCAUGCUACAACAGUAUGUCCCACAAAGUUAAUCCGAACCAGGUCGUGCAGCCCCAGAAGCUGUUUAAGCUCGCCAUCCAAGUCGCGAUGGACGAGCUGGGCAAAGCAUCGGACCGAUUAUCGAGUCAUCUGAAACCAUAUAAUAACAACUCAGCUGCAGUUGCUGCUCUGGACAGCUGCCAUGACCUUCUGGCCCUUGCAAUUGACCACCUGAACGGGUCCUACGCAUCAGGCAACCUCGACUCCUCAGAUGAUCUCCGGACCUGGCUAAGCACGGCUGGAACGUGCCAGGAGACAUGCUUAGAUGGGUUCGACGAGUUGGCCCUUGGGCCGUUGAAGGACACUGUCAAGAGCAACCUCAAGAUAUCGCAAGAGCUCACGAGCAACAGCCUUGCUAUUAUCACGUGGAUCUCGAAAAUCAUGGGUUCGAUCAAGCUAAGGCGUCUCAUGGGAGUCGAGUAUCAUGACAAGACUAACAACGUGCCCAAAUGGCCGCACCAAAACGACAGGAAGCUCCCCAAUUGGUUGAAACCAAAGGACCGGAAACUCAUCCAGAGUUCGGCGGACCUGAGGAAGAUUGCGGAUGCCGUGGUGGCUAAGGAUGGCUCAGGGAAGUACAAGACCAUUAAGGACGCGCUAAAGGACGUCCCCGACAAGAGUGACAGGAGGUACGUGAUCUACGCGAAGAAGGGCAUCUACGAGGAGAAUGUUCGUGUUGAGAAGCCAAAGUGGAACGUUGUGAUGGUUGGGGACGGUAAGGAUGUGACCAUCGUGACUGGGAAACUCAACGUUGUCGAUGGCACCCCGACAUUUCAAUCUGCAACUUUUGCUGUUUUUGGCAAGGGCUUCGUAGCCCGAGAUAUGGGAUUCCGCAACACAGCAGGCCCGAGCAAGCACCAGGCAGUGGCGCUGAUGUCGACGGCAGACCACUCAGCUUUCUACCGGUGCAAGUUCGAAGCUUUCCAGGACACUCUAUAUGCACACUCGAACCGCCAGUUCUACCGUGAGUGCGAUGUCUACGGGACGGUCGACUUCAUCUUUGGAAACUCCGCGGUUGUCCUCCAGAACUGCAACAUCCUCCCGAGGGUCCCCAUGAAGGGUCAGCAGAACACAAUCACUGCCCAAGGGAGGGCAGACCCAAACCAGAACACCGGUAUCUCGAUCCACAACUGCACCCUCUGGCCUUCGGGGAACCUGAGUUCCGUGCGCACCUUCCUGGGGCGGCCCUGGAAGAACUACUCGACCACAGCAUACGUGAAGACCAUGAUGAACAGCUUCAUCGACCCGAAGGGGUGGCUGCCCUGGACAGGCGAUUCCGCGCCCAGCACUAUUUACUAUUCUGAGUACGGGAACUUCGGGCCAGGGGCAUCGACCAAGGGCCGGGUCAAGUGGAAGGGGCUGAGGACAAAUCUGAGCAUCAAAGAGGCUGAGAAGUUCACUGUGAAGUCAUUCCUUGGAGGGGAGCAUUGGAUUAAGAAGGCGGAUGUCAGCUACAAACCUGGUCUUUGAAAUUCAUACAUAUACACAGCUAUGGGAUUUACAAGACUUGUUCCUUAAUUAAUCAUGACUUUGCUCUUUGAUAAUCUUUUUUUGUAUGCUUAUAACUAGUACUAUUUGAUUGUGAAACACUGAUUGAAAAUGGAGAUUUUGAAUUGACCAAGUAUAUAAUAUUUUUCUUAUAUAA